AAUUUUUACCUGGGAGAUUGUUGGCCAGGAAACUCCCUUUGCUUUAUGACUAAUGUCUCAGGUGAGGGCAAGAUCAUGUGGAUGUGAAGAAAAGCACUUUAUGAAAUAUAUCUAGAAACGCUAGGAGCAGGACUGGGCAGAUAGGAAGGAUAUUACAUAUCAAGCAAGACCAUAUAUGUAGGUCAGGGUAACAGCCAAUGAAACAUUCGUCAAGAAGAGGGAGGCGGGAAAUAAUUUAGGCGCCAGUUUUAAGGCAAACGCAUUCUCCAGACUCAGCCGUGCAUGUGAAAGCUUUAGUAAGAUAGCAGGAUGCAAUUCAAUCAGAUUAAUAUGUUUAAGCUUUUACCGCAGAUCAGUGCGAACAAUUCAAUGUAUCAAACAGGAAUAAACAGUUUAAUGGACCAAACAACUGAGAAGCCUUUGUUGUACCAGACAGACGCGAAUCAACUACAUAAUUUCAUCAAAAAACUGAAGCCCAGUGAUUUCAACAUCCAAGUGAGAAAUAUUGUUCACAAAAUGUGUGAUUUCUUAAAGAACCAGUGCCUUAUAAAGCUGAAGGUAAUCCGGGUCGUAAAGGGCGGCUCGUUUGGGAAAGGAACAGCUCUGAAGAACAGCUCGGAUGCUGAUCUCGUCGCCUUCCUCGAUUGCUUUGACAAUUACCGGGAUCAAAGAGAAACCAGGCACGAGAUCCUGGAGGAAAUUCGCCAAAUAUUAAUUAACUUUGGCUCAUCCAACACAUAUGAGACAGAGGACAUCACAGUGCCACGUGGUAACCCCAGCAAUCCACCCCGGUCAAUAAGCUUCACCAUCACGUCCAAGAAGACUUUGGAGAAGGUGGAGUUUGAUUUGUUGCCGGCCUUCGACGCUGUAGGUCAGUUUGGUGACAAUGCCUAUGCGAAGCUGAUUGAAAUCGGAGAUUCGGAUGGGGAGUUUUCCACCUGUUUCACUGAGCGUCAGAGAUUGUUUGUGAAGAACCGUCCUGAGCAGCUCAAGGACCUGAUCCGCCUGGUGAAAUAUUGGUACAAAAUGUACGUCAAACCACGGAAACACGACCUCCCACCUGGAAUUCGCCUUCCGAAAAAAUAUGCAGUGGAGCUACUCACCAUCCAUGCCUGGGAGCAGAAUGGCAGCCCAGACAAGUUCAGCAUGGCCCAAGGGUUUCGCACGGUUCUCGAGUUGAUUUGUAGAUACAGGGAUCUGUGCAUCUACUGGAGCCAUUACUACAAACUCAGCAACAACAAAACCCUGACAGACUUUGUGAAACAGAAACUCCUUGCCACAAGGCCAGUAAUCCUCGACCCGGCCGAUCCCACUGGGAAUGUGGGGGAAUCCGGUGGAUGGGACGUGAUGGUUAGUGAAGCCUCCAAAUGCCUGCAGAUGCCUUGUGUGUCCAAAGACCAACAAUGGCAAGUCAAGCCCAUGACGGAGAUUGAAAUUACUGUCCAAUUGAUGGGAGGUUCCUUGUUACCAAUCAACGCCAAUCCCUUCACGAAGGUGGCAACUAUCAAGCAAAACAUUCAGCAAUUUUGGUACCACUUUUCUCCCUCCCCCCAAUCCCCACCAGUCCCAGCCCACCAGCAACGCUUGAUGUUCAACAAUACUAUUCUGAAUGACAGCGAAACACUGCUGGAGUUUGGAAUAUUAGAUAAUGUUCCCAUCGCCCUGCUUGUGACUUCAAACGACAAAAUGGACAUUUUUCAACUGUUUUGAGUCUGAAAAAGAAAAUUGAAGCUGUGGAGCGUAAUCACUCAGACCAGUAUUACCUGGUCUUUGGUGGAAAAACCCUGGAAGACAAGUGCACACUGCAGCACUACAACAUAAAGGAACAUUCCCACAUUAACAUGAACCUUCAACUGAGAGGAGGCUGAUCUAAGGAGGCCAAUUUCUCACUCUCUGAGUAGCGGAGAUUCUCGCUCAGAGAGGAUAGAGAGAUUUCUCACUGGGAGGGGAGAGAAAGAAAGAGAUCUCUCCAUCCAGAUUUGCAAUCUUCUCUACACAAUACAUUUUGCUUUGAUAUGUGAAGUGCUGUUACCAUUUACUUUCUUUUCGAUGUUGCAUGUUCGACAACUCUUUUAUGGGUUUGUGGUUAUGCUGUUAAGAUAUCCAAAAAUAUUAAUUCAGCCAAAAUAUAUGCAGGAAUAUAUUUACCUCCUAAUGCUGUGUAGGGUGAUGGGACCAAUUGUGCCGAGACUUCGGUAUAGGUAUUUGAUAAACCCCUUCAUCCCUUGUGCUUUUCUAUAUACUCAUUGCUAGUUUUCUAUUGCUUUCUCGAUAUGACUAUUGCAUGCCUACAUUUUUUAUAUGCCUCAAUGCACCAUUUGUGAGGUUGGUCACGAACUAGAGAGAUUCCAACAUCCAAACACUUGACACAAGGACUUUAUUACCCUUGAUACUUGUUGUAAUAAAAGAU